CUAUAAUUUAAAGAUGUGUAUUUCUGCAGUCCGCAGUGUGUUUUUGGGAGUACUACUUUACGCACCAUACCAGUGCUUGGAGUGUCCCUUUGGCUGUAAGUGUUUUGCUGUCACUCGUACAGUGAAAUGUGUCUCUAAGGAUCUGCUCACGGUACCACAACUUAUUCCAGGAUAUGCAAAGACUUUCAUCAUCACAGGGAAUAAUAUACACCAGAUUGGACCCGAUUCAUUUACAGAGCUGGAGAAUGUUACCAACAUCAUUUUAAGCAAUAAUAGGAUUACAGAGAUGGCGUCUCACAGCUUUUCUGCCCUCAUUAACCUGCGCCUCUUGGACCUCAGUGGCAACCAGCUGGCCCUCAUCCAUCCAGAGGCUCUCAGUAUACCUGGCAGUCCCCUGCAGGAGCUCAACCUUAGCCGCUCGCUGUUCAACUUCACUGCCCUGACGGACCUCACUACGGUGCUGCGCUGGGGUGGCCUCCAAAGGCUCCUCCGCCUUGACCUCUCUGGGAACCACCUCGCCCUGCUGCCCCCGGGGAUGUUCUCCCACCUUCCCAAUCUGCAGCAGCUCUUCCUCGCUAACAACUCUCUGAUGGCUGUCUACGCUGGAACUUUCUCUGGCAUGAACCAUCUGGAGGUGCUGGACCUGACCCGCAACGCCUUCAGGACAUUCAGGGAUGAUGCUCUGCAGGAACUGGAGAAGCUCAGGAACAUCCGAAUCCUUCUUGGUAACAACCCUUACACCUGUUCCUGUGAGAGCCGUAAUUUUGUGGCCUGGUUGAACGAAUCGAGGGCUCAAGUAGAUGCAGAUGCCGUGAGGUGUGCUUCCCCGAGAGGGUUAACUGACACCCGGCUGCGAGGGCUCGGGGUUCAGGCCAUUGGAUGUGUUGUUCCAGUCCAAGCAGAGGUGACUGACCUCACCCUCCAGACAUCCUAUGUCUUCUUAGGGCUGGUGCUGGGGUUUGUGGGCAUGCUCUUCCUCUUUGUGCUCUACCUGAAUCGCAAAGGUAUGAAGGAGUGGAUUAUUGAAAUGAGAAAUGCAUGUCGGGAUGUUAUGGAGGGAUAUCACUACCGAUACGAGAUUGACUCAGACCCUCGGCUGGGGUACAUCUCAGCAAAUAACGCCGGCAACAGGGCACGGGGGCAUUUACAAUUAGCUCUGUUACAGCAGCAGCCAAAUGACACCUGUAUGGUUCCUACAGACACACAGGUCAGACAGGUGACGACCUCACCACCUGUUGACUUAUGAGCUCUCAAUGAAGCUCAAAUAAUUUGAGGAAAUGUGAAAAAGAUGCAGAUGUGAGUAGUUUAUGCCAGUAGGUUUACAUUUUAUUUGAUGUUUUUGAGCUUCUUGUACAUACUGCAGGUAUGAAUUUCACCUUAAAGUGCCUUUGUGUUUUUAAGGCACUGGAGCAUUGGGUCUGUACAAUGACCUCAAUAUUGUGUGUUGAUAUCAGACAUUUUUAAAGAAUAUAGUACAUAUAGUUAUAUAGGGAACAUCUGAAUUUUUGUCAAAUGUGAUUUCCUGCUUUUUUAAUUUUUAGUAUCAUGUCUCUAAAUAUCUUGACAGUGCAGAAGACUGAUAGAAAGAUAAAUGACAGUUUGCUCAAUGGCAUGGAAAAUGUGUACUGACCUGAGAAACUGUAUGUAACUGUAAGGUUAUGUAAGAUUCGUGAAUUUAAUUAAUAAUAUAGCUUUAUUGUUACAUGUAGAGUCCAUAUUGUGAUCAGUAUUAUCAUAUUUAAAGGUAUAGUUAGAUAUUAAAGCUAC